AUGUACUAUUGCCCAGGAAUGGCAUGCUAUUCACUUGCUCCCGGUACUCCAGCAGGUCACCUUUCAAUGAGUGCCAAGAUUCCCGUAAGUUAUGUUGGGGGCGAUGCGCCAAUGAUAUGUGUGUAUUCGGUGGUGGGUGUGUCGGUGAAUGGAGACAGUCACAAAGAGCGGCUGUAUCGACUCGGGUGGGAGCCCUGGGUUCUAAGUCAGUGUGGCAACUUCUCAAGAUGCGCUUGCUUCAAUGUCAAGAAAUGUCCGCAGUAUCUCCUCCCCUCCGGCGCGCAGAAGCACGUGCGCUCAGGACUCCUUCUCUUCCAGCUCCGCCAGCUGCCGAGUAGCCAACUCGAGCAGCGCAAUUCAGAAAGGGAGCAAGCAGGCGACUUGAUACUUACCAAGAGGGACGGAUGA